AUGGAAGAAGAUGAGGAUACAAUAACCUUCACAAUGGCAGAGUUUGGCCAGUUUCAAAGCGAAAAAUUAGCUCUGAAGCAUGAGAAUGAUCGUUUGAAAACAAUUGCAGAUAAAUACGAAGAGCUGCUGAAGCACUCAUCUCACCCAUUAGCAGAAAUUAAUGAACUUAGGAGCAGUGUUCAAGAAAAAACAAAAACUUGUGAAGAACUAGAAGAAAAAUUGAGAAAUAUACCAGAAUUUAAAAGAGAAAUUAUUUUGCAAUCAUUAACCUCAGUAAGGAGAGAAGAUAUGAUAGAAGAAGAAAAGCAUUUAUUAGAGCAAGUUUUAGAUAUUGUGCAAAAUAUAUGACCACAUUGGGCGAAAGGAGAAAUACAUAAGCCUGAAGAAAAAUUUAUAAAAAAUCUAGCUGACCACAACGAAAUCCAAAAGCUAGGAAAAAACAACAAAAAAUUAAUAGAAGGUAUGGAUUUAGCCAAUGAAAGAUGCAAGCUUUUAGAAAAUUCACUUCUAAAUGCUACAAAAUUAAAUGAAUCUCUGGAAAGUCAAGUAAAGGAGCUCCAAUCUCAAAAAGAAAGGCUCAUUUUUGAGCUGGCAGAAAAAGAAGAAGAAGUAAAUGAAGCCAGAGUUGCUUUAAAGGAAAAAUAUGCUGUAGAGUGUUCCAGAAAAGAUUUGGAAUCUGAAAUAGAAAAUUACAGACAAAAAGUAUCUGUACUGGAAAAUGAGAUUAAAGAAGAGAAAAAGAAGCAUGGGGAGAAUUUAGAAGAAAAAAUAAAAACCUUACAAAAUGAAAAUGAAGAGCUUCAAAAAGCUUUAGCAGAGUCCAAAGGAAAUGAAAAUUUAUUGACGAUAGAGCACAGAAAUCUCAAGUCUUCAGCAAAAGAAACGCUCCAAGAGCUCAACACAGUUUACACCCGAAACAGAGAGCUUGAAUCUCAAAUAAAAAAAGCUGAAGAAACUCUCAAAAAAGCAUAUUCUGAUCUAGAAGACGCCAAAACUGAAAAACAAAUAAUCCAAAAACGCAGCAUGCACGACUUAAAAGACCUAAAAUCCGAGCUCGCCAGAGAAAAAACAGCUUUAGAGCAGUGUAAAAUGGAAAAAGAAAAGCUAACAAAUGAAUUCCGGUCUCUUCAAGACUCUCAAAAAGUUACUACCAAAAUAAUUCCACAAACCCCCACACAUCAAGAAAAAAAGCUUGUGGAAGCUCUAGCCCAGCGCGUAGGAGAGCUUGAAAUGGAAAACAAAGCUUACAGGGACAGAAUUUUAGAAAUCGAUGGCGUAUUUUUGGAGCUUGAGAACUCAGAAAAAGAAAAUGAAGAGCUUCGAAACGAGAUCAAUAGGCUGCAAAUUGAUAUAGCGACUCUUGGAGCGUCAUUUAAUGAAAUGAUAAGAAAAGGAAACUUCAAAUAA